GAAAGCUAAAUCACCAUGACUCUCCUCCUACUUUUUAUCCUCCUAGUAUCGAUUUGUUUCUGCAAAUCCGAUGACCGCCUAACACAUGCAAAGCCACUCUUACCUGGGGACAAGCUCGUCUCAAACAAUGGCGUCUUCGCUCUUGGUUUCUUCUCCCUGGAAAACUCCACUGCAGAUUCAUAUGUAGGCAUAUGGUACCACGACAUCCCAGAGCGGACAUAUGUGUGGGUGGCCAACCGCGACAACCCAAUCAGCAGCAGCUUGUCCGGGAAGUUGGUUCUGACCAACAGCUCUGACCUUGUCCUGUCAGAUUCCAAAGGACGUAUCCUUUGGAUGACGGCGAACAACGUCACCAUCGGGGGUGAUGGAGCUGUGGCACUGCUGCUUGACACUGGCAACUUUAUCCUCCAGUCGCGGAACUUCACGCAGAUAUGUCAGAGCUUUGAUCAUCCCACAGACACCAUGCUCCCUGGCUUCAAGUUAUGGGCGAACUACAAGGCCCACACAGCAGUACGCAUCGUUGCUUGGAAGGGUCCUCAAGACCCGUCCACUGGAAAAUUCUUCCUCAGUGGUGACCCUAGCACGGGACUCCAGAUCCUUAUAUGGCGUGAGACAAGCCUGUACUGGCGUACUGGGUUGUGGCACGGUGCAUCAGCCUCGGACAACAACGGAUACACUUGGUCCCAAAUCGUCGACGAUGGGGAGGAGAUCUACUUAACGUACAACACAAACAAUAACUCGGAUAGAUCACACUUGAAGCUGGACUACACGGGCGACAUGAUGCUCAGGAUCUGGAUUAACCUUUCAUGGGUUGUUUUGUUCAAGCUCCCAGGUAAAGGCUGCCGCCAUUAUGGCUCUUGUGGGCCGUUUGGUUACUGUGAUAGCACAGUGUCCACCCUGAAAUGCAAAUGCCUCGAUGGGUUUGAGCCGGCGGAUGGCUCCAGUGACAACUUCUCGACAGGAUGUGUGAGAAAGGAAGCCCUGAGAUGCAGCGGCGACCUGUUCUUUACCUUCCCAAGGAUGAAGCUCCCUGACAAGUUUGUCUAUGUCAGGAACAAAAGCUUCGAGGAGUGCACUGCUGAGUGUGACCGCAACUGCUCCUGCAUCGCGUAUGCUUACGCCAACUUGAGUAGUAUCCUUGCGACUAGUGGCCCAUCAAGAUGCUUGAUCUGGAUAGGGGAGCUUGUUGACUUAGAGAAGGACAGCGUAAUUGGGGAAAACAUGUACCUUCGACUUGCUGGCUCUCCUGGAUAUGUUUCUGCAGUAAAAAACAAGAGCGGUGUCGGUGUGGUAUUGAAGAUUGUAAUCUCAGUUAUAUCAUUCCUUCUGAUAGUCUCAUGCAUAUAUCUUGUCGUCAUAUGCAAGCCAAGAGGUAGAACCAGGAAUAAGGAAACACUGAGAAGACCAGAACUUGGACACUUGAGGACUUCGCAAGAAGUCUGGGAUCAAAUGUUGGAAUUCCGGUCCAUUAGGUUAGAAGACAUCUCCGCUGCAACAAAUAAUUUCCAUGACAGCAACAUACUUGGAAAAGGAGGAUUUGGAAAAGGAACGCUGGAACAGGGAAAGGAAGUUGCCGUUAAAAGGCUAAGCCAGGGUUCUGAGCAGGGGAUAGAGCAUUUUAGAAAUGAAGUGGUUCUUAUUGCCAAGUUACAGCACAAGAAUCUUGUUAGACUUCUUGGCUGCUGUAUUCACGAGGAUGAGAAGCUGCUUAUUUAUGAAUACUUGCCCAACAAAAGCUUAGACAAGUUUCUUUUUGAUACUGAAAGGAAGUCUAUGCUUGAUUGGCCAAGAAGGUUCAGCAUAAUCAAAGGGGUAGCUAGAGGACUUCUAUAUCUGCAUCAAGAUUCGAGAACAACGAUAAUCCACAGAGACCUCAAACCAAGUAACAUCCUGCUAGAUGCAGAGAUGAACCCGAAAAUAUCAGAUUUUGGAAUGGCAAGGAUCUUUGGAGGCAACGAUCAACAGGAAAGUACUAAACGAGUUGUUGGGACGUACGGUUACAUGUCACCUGAGUAUGCGAUGGAGGGCAUUUUUUCCGUCAAGUCUGACAUCUACAGCUUUGGUAUUUUGGUACUGGAGAUUGCAUGGAACUUGUGGGCUGAGGGAAAAGCAAGGGAUUUCGUGGACGCAUCAGUUACAGAGAGCUAUUCACUUGAUGAAGUAUCAAAGUGCAUCCACAUUGGGCUCCUGUGUGUGCAGGACAGCUCCAGUGCUAGGCCGCUCAUGUCGUCGGUCGUGUCCAUCCUGGACAGUGAAGCUAUGCCGCGCGCCCUUCCGAAGCAACCUAUGUAUUUUGCACAGAUAAAUCGCGAAACUGAGGAGGCGAGAGAAGACGUGGAACACUCUGUCAAUGGACUGAGCCUUACGGCUGUAAAAGGGCGCUAGCCGGGUAGCCUAGGAUCUCAAGCUUGAGAGUUGAGAGCCUAGUGAUUCAUAAAUUUGCUACAUAUCAAGUGAGAUUACAGAUAUUGAAAAGAAUGUAAACCUUUCCUGUAAUAUCUGUAAUCUAUCCGGUUAGUAAGAGAGGGGACCCGUA